AUGAAUCCUACAGCUCCUACCACCCUGUGGCCGACUUUCCCUUAGUGAGGGUGCUCAGGGACCCCAUAUUUGUGGAGGUUCGGCUGGUGCAGAAGACAGAACCCACAUUGGUGCUGGGCCUGCACCACUGCUGGGCCUCUCCCAGCCCUGACGCCACGUCCCAGCCCCAGUGGCCCAUCCUGGUGGACGGGUGUCCCUUUGAGGGAGACAACUACAGGACACAGCUGGUGCCUGUGGGCCCUGCCUCACCACAGCUGCCCUUCCCCAGCCACUAUCAGCGCUUUGUCAUCUCUACCUUCACCUUUGUGGAUCCUCCUGCCAUGGCUGUGCUGGAGGGAGAGGUGUACAUCUCCUGCAGUGCUUCCGUGUGCCACCUGGCCCAGCCCGAGCCCUGCCGGCCCUCGUGCCAGCUGGGAGUGCCCUCACGAGCACGUCGGUCCCUGAAGGAGAGGACAGGUGGCAGUGUGGGGACAGUCAUCUCGCAGGGACGUGUUGUGUUCCCCAAGGUGCCCAAGGGAGGAGCUCAGGGGAGAGGCUGA